AUGAAUACUUUGCUUCUUUCACUGCAAUUGCUGCUUGGCCUGGGACUGGUCCAAGGGGUUCUCAGCAUCCAAGUGGGAGGCACUAUCAUGUUCUGUGCAGAGGGCUGCCAGGCCAUAGUGGACACAGGGACAUCCCUCAUCACAGGACCAUCUGAAAAGAUCAAACAGCUGCAAAAUGCCAUUGGGGCAGUGCCAACAGAUGGAGAAUAUGCCAUGGAGUGUAAUAACCUCAACGUGAUGCCAGACGUCACCUUCACCAUCAAUGGAAUUCCUUACACCCUCCCCCCUAAAGCCUACACACUAACGGACUUUGUGGAUGGAAUGGAGUUCUGUACCAGUGGUUUCCAGGGCCUUGACAUCCAGCCCCCAGCUGGGCCACUCUGGAUCCUUGGGGAUGUGUUCCUUGGCCAGUUUUAUGCUGUCUUUGACCGUGGCAACAACCUCGUGGGACUGGCCCCUGCUGUCCCCUAAAGCCAGGCCUUCUGUCCCCUGAGACACCUUCUAUAGACUCCUUAAGCCUUUUCUA